UUUAUAAAAUUGACAAAAUUGUCUAUGAUGAAAAUUCACAAAAGCAUGACGGCUGCUACAUAUUUGUGAAGAAAUUCCAAAAUUAAUAUUAAUUCGAAGAGCACUCGGUUUUGAACGUCUUUACCGUUGUCUAUUUGUGAUAAGUUACUUAUUUCCCCGACGGCAUGAUGGUGGAAGGGUCAGCGUUUACGCGGAACGAUGUGUUCCAAAUGGCUAUACGCGUUGCUUUUGUGUCCGCGGUGACUUAUUUUUCAAUAAAAUGGCUCGUGAACCAGAUAGACCCAACAUCCAAGAGUCGGAAGAAGGCGGAGGAGCGAGCUCGUGAACAGUUACGCAAGAUGUCUUGCAGAGCCGGGCUGGGCAGCAAGCACUCCAUCGCGCUGGACAAGUUGACGGACCAUGAGAUGAUCAUCGCCUCGCAGUUGGUCGUGCCUGAUGAGAUUAGUGUGAACUGGAAGGACAUAGCGGGUUUGGACCACCUCAUCCAGGAGUUGCGGGAGACCGUCAUCCUGCCGAUACAGAAGAGGGAGCUGUUCGCUGACAGUCGGCUCACGCAGCCACCCAAAGGUGUUCUGCUGCAUGGACCCCCCGGUUGCGGUAAAACCCUGAUAGCGAAGGCCACAGCCAAGGAGGCGAACAUGAGCUUCAUCAACCUGGACGUGUCUCUCCUGACGGACAAGUGGUACGGAGAGACGCAGAAGCUGGCCGCUGCUGUCUUCAGUCUGGCUGUGAAGUUGCAGCCCUGCAUUGUGUUUAUAGACGAGAUCGAGUCGUUCCUGCGCACGCGCACGCAGCACGACCACGAGGCGACCGCCAUGAUGAAGACGCAGUUCAUGUCGCUGUGGGACGGACUCAUCACUGAACCCACCUGCACUGUUAUUAUUAUGGGAGCAACAAAUCGUCCCCAAGACCUAGACAAGGCGAUACAGCGUCGCAUGCCGGCCACGUUCCACGUGCCCAUGCCCAGCGAGACGCAGCGCGAGCGCAUCCUGCAGCUCAUACUGCGCUCAGAGCCCGUCGCGGAGGAUAUUGACUACAAGAGGCUAGCGAGUUCGACGGAAGGAUUCUCGGGGUCUGACCUGCACGAGUUGUGUCGUCAGGCCGCUGUGUACCGAGUACGAGAUCUAGCCAGAGAUGAGAUGGUCAGAGAGAUGAAUAACGAGACAAAACCCAAGACCGGCAAGUCAGGAUCAGAUUCUGACGAAGAGUACGUGGAUGCUGUGCGUCCUAUCACAAUGGAGGAUCUGCGCCUGUCACUCAGCAAGCUCAAGGAGUCCAAGAUACAGUGCGGCACACUCGCGCCAUCUAUGCGGAUAGAACUGGACUAGCGGAACUACGCGAUCUAUAUCGAUCCUUUAUAGGUAGGAAUUGUUGUUGUAUGUAUUCUAGCACGAGGUUUUAGAUCAAAACUUUAGUAAAUGUACUGAAAAAUUUGUUUGAAGAAGGAUUACAAGGUAACGGCCCCUUUGAAAUGAAAUAAAAUAACGUACAGAAGCCAGCAGGUCAACCUAUACAAAUCUGUCAAAUCUUCGUCUUUCUUUGAAUCAUUUUUCGGUAUAUUUUAGUAUGUUUUGGACUAAGAUCUCGAGUUAGAAGUUUUUGGUUCAUUAUUUAAUGAUAGCACUAAAGAACUAACGACAUCGGUGUAGCAAGUACAAGAGACCUAAGAUAAAAAUCACAUCGCGAUUUAUCUAUGAUAAAAUUGGAAUAGAUUGCCGAAGAUAGCGGUUUUUAGCGGUGAAAUAAGUAGUGUUUACCUGCCUUUGCUUGGCUAUUAAGGGGGGUAAUUUCAUUUUUUUCCCUAAUUAAUUUAGUGACCGCCAAUUUGAUCUUAUGAUAUCUUCAUUGAAACUUUUUCAAAUGUUUAUUUACAACUGUUUAUUGUGUAGCUCAUAUCCGAAGGGCUUCAAAAUGAAAUCUUGCGCGACACUUUUAUGGGUAUUUUCAUGUCAUUUUGGUAUAUUUUAUGAAGUUUUCACGAGCGGUUUUGCAUAAUAAGCCCGUUUACAUUAGUGUUAUGUUGUAUGUACUCAUGGUUAGUGCUAUCACUAAAUAAUGUUCCCAAGCGUACUGGAAGGUUCUAGGACAGUCGAAAAUACGUAGCUAGUGAAAUUAAUUGAAACAUUAAUUGAUAACCGCACUGAUACUUACAAAAACGCAGAUUGACCAUAGAUGCUGCAAGAUUAGAUGUUGACUCGCUAAUAGUUAGACAAAAAUGUUGACAUUUUGUUGCAUUUGUUGAAUAAAUAAAGAAAGAGGUUUUAUUGAAAGGAACAUUAAAAGAUGGAGCCAAAAAUGAAAAAGUGAGGCUAGAAGACUCCUUUCGUUACUACAAUAGUUUAACCAUAGUUUUAUAUCAAACCAAAGUGCUUAAAAUUUACUCACAAAUAACACAGCUACUAUUAUUUUUAAUACCAAUGAAAUAAGGUGCGCAGGAACAUACACUUACCAUCUUAAGCUACAGAGACGAAGAAUCGAUAUUCGAAUUCCGUCUCUAUAGUAACGACAAUUCGUUCUAAAAUCAAUUGACUCGAAGUUCGCUAGACUGUAAAAUUUGUAUUUAGAUGAGAUCUGCCUGGGUGUAUGGGUCUACCUAGGCCGAAUCUAGUCUUAAAUAAGAUUGGUAAUGAUUAACUAAUUGGAGUGGCAGAUAUUACUACGUGAGACCACUAAAAGCAUCUCGUAUGCUAUACGUAUUGAAAUGUGAUAUUUUUAAAUGACUUUUUUAAAGUUAAUAUUGGUAUUUUUCAUCAUUGCAUGAUUCCAUUGUCUUUUAUCUCUUUUCUAUAGUAUGUAAUUUCAUGAAUAUUAAGUAUAUUAUAACAUAUAUAUUUACUAUUUGCGCUUAUCCUGAGUAAUUUGGGAUAAGGGUGAAUAUUGGCUAUAUUAAAUAUAUUACAUUAUGUUUAUGUAUUGUAUGAAGUGGUGUGUGUCGUGUGUGGUAUUAUUAAAAAAAUCUAUAUCCAGCAUGAUAUUUAUUAUUUCGUCUGCUAUUUACGUUAUGUAAUGUCAUCUAUAUUAUAUCAAUGUCUAUAUUCUAUUUUAUCUAUUUCUGUAAAAAUAUCACAAUCUCAUGACUUGCUAAAUUAUUCGCGAAAUCUAAACGGUCUCAAAAUAUUAAUAUAUAAAUAAAAUUGUUUCAAGUUGCUGUGAAUGCCAUCUAUUACUAUAACUUUUAUUCAACACCAAUCAUAGGGUCGAUCGAUGUUACAAUUUAUCGUCAUUUUGAGUGAGUGGCUUUUCAAUUGAAAAUAAACCUUAAUGCUUGCACUAUAAGAUCUCCCCACUCCAUUUAGUUUACUGAAUUACUAUUGUAUUGAAUUCCGUUACCAUUGAUAUUGUAAAUUAUUUCGUUGUAUAUAUUCGAGUGUUUAUAACAGUCGAUAAUCAACCCUAUUCGUUUAGUUUAAAGUUGGUUUUAGACCAAAACGUUUUGUAUUUGUUUUAAGGACAUUGGUUCCUGUACGAAGGCCUAUUUAUAUGAAGAUCUUAUGUAAAAAAAAUAUAAUAAUAAUAAGGUAGAAAAAAUGUCCUUUUAAACAAAUACAAAUGGUUUGUUGUAAUAUAGUAGUUAGUUAUAGUUUAAAACAAUGUUCUGUGACUUAUAAUUAUGGUGUUUGGGUGUGUUCGGGAAAUUGGAAACUGAGUGUGAACGAAGCGUAAGACGUAUGUUGUUCUGAAUUUGGAACUUAACUUCUUGACCUUAAAAUCGAUAAUCGCUCAGCAAGUUGUACACAUUUGUAACUAUUUAAUUCUACACUAUUUUCUUUUUCACUCAUAAUUUCUUACUUUCUGUUCUCCUGUUCACGUAAGAUAUAAAGUUCCAAAUUAGAUACAGUUUUGAGUUUGGACAUUGAUAUUGUGAAAAGUGGGUACGAAUGGGAGCAAUUGUGUCGGUAUUCGACGUAGUGAGUGCGAGAGAAACAGAUCUAUGGACAUAAUAUUAAAACGCUUGUUAUGUAGAUGCACAGGGGUGCGAUAUGAAACACUGAAUAUCACUAAGUUGUUUCAUACGGAAGACUUUCACCCCAUAGCCUUUCGUCCUACUAAAUCAUAAUAAUAAAUAUUUACUCAAUAAAAAUAUUUUUACUAGAGAUGUAUUCAAAUUAUCGAUACCGCGGCAAAGACUAUUAUAUCACGGCAAGACGGUAUUAAAUUGUUGAUGGAAGAUGGAGCGAAAUGUUCUGAUCACUUAAUUUAGUUCUACUUGCAAAAGAAAGUGCGAUAUAAUCGAUUAGUCUUGUGUUUCUUUAACUUUCGAGUGACAGAUGUCAGAGGCGGUGGAGUUGAAAUAACCCGUUACGACCUCUUUGCGUAAAUGACGUGCAAAUCGACGCGACAACUGCACCAUUGUGCGGCAAGUUGCCGCACAAUGCCAAUGCCGCCGGCAACCGUGACAUAGUCACGCUGUACCUCAUUAUACUAUGAUAUGACGACCUACAAACUAUGAGAAACCAAAACGAAAAUCAUCUAUUUUUAUUAUUAAAAUUGGUUUAGAAAGAGAUCGAGCUAUCUCGCCUCCUAUCUUGAAUUGGGAAUAAAAUAAUAUAUUUAUGUCUACUUUGCCGGCGAAGAAAGACAAAAUGGCAACUGGAAAGUCUUAUUACUAGAUAUAUUCUAAAAUUAUACUUUGUUCAAUUGACAGAUGGAGUUAAAAUAUAUUUAUUGAUUGUUGAAAAUGUAGAUAAGCUUCUCGAUUUAGGCGAUGCUGAUAGAUAUUAUGACAAAAAGAUUCAUUUACGUUUUUUUAUCAACUCUUAAUUAAAGGACAGUUUAAUAUCAGAAUGAAAGAGAUUGAUGAUUUUUAUCAUUGAGUGUAUAGAGAUGUGCAAUCGAUCCUGUCCUAACAUAUCGAUAUAUCUAUUGGCAUCAAAACUAAGCAUGGAUGUGUUAGAUGUAAUGUGAACGGGAUGUGCCGGGUUCUACAAAUAAACCAAAAAGGUUUCGCCGAAGUAAAAACAAGUAUUGUCAUUGUAAACCCGGCUUUGCCCAAAACUGUGUGCAUUUUAUUCGGCUUUUUAUAAUAGGUAGUUGGUAGUUAUUUUUUUCUAAGUGCGUUUUGCGCAAGGUUAGGCUCGGGCUGUGUCGAUAAAUUGUUGAUUUUUUGUACGUUGUGUUGUCGAUAAUAAUGCUUAGUAUAUUGUAUUGUUGGAACAGUCGUGAUUUUGUAACUGAUAUAGUCUGUGAUGAAGCUUGAAAUCUUCAAUAAGUCUAGGUUUAGAGAAGAAUAUCUCGGCUCAUCAAUAACUGUAAACAAGUUACAAAAUAACGAUUUCAAAGUUUUUUAGAUUUUGCACAAAAAUAAAGCAAUAUAAAGCUACGUUUAAUGAAUUAAACAGUGAUGGAUAGUAAGUUAUUUUUGGUUAUACAGAAAUAAGUUUCCUUGUGUCCGUUAAUAGCAGAUUUUUUUGUUUUUCUUUUGAUUAGUUUUGAUCAUACAUUUUGUUUCGUAUUGUAUAUUGUUACUACAUAUUUGUUAACGCGGUUUGACUGCGUGAUUUAUUAUAAAACAAUGAUUUCUGACCGUUUCUGAUAAUCUUGUAAGACCACAAAUAUAUCUCUAUGGUUCUGACUCUUUGGGUACCAUGUUAAAGUGAAUGAACUUCAAUUGUACGAAAUGUAUGAAACCAAAAUGGAAGAAUAAUAGGGUUUAUUAUUUAUCACUUCGCUGUAUGUGUGGUAAUAUAUCCUCUUGUCACUAUUUUAAAAGUCAGACGACGUCAGAACAUUUGUGGUCACUGCUUGAAAGAAUGUCAGAUAUCACGCGGUCUUAACAAUGUACUUUUUAACUUUUUUUGAUGUUAUUUUUGCGCUAAACAGCUUCGUUGAUUUUAUUGCCAAGGAAGACUUAGUUACUUGAAAAUAUAUUUAUUGUGUAAAUAAAAGCAAUAAAUUAAAUGGAAAA